CAACCCUUCAACUUAAAAAUGCCCUUCAUCAGAUUAUUAACUUCAAUUGCUACAUCAACAAGUCAAAGCAAUACUAAUUGUUCUCAUCUGGAGCUUCCUGUCAAUAGCAUGUUUACACCAAAGCCAUUAGAUUUAUCGCAAGGACAAUGUUCAUGGUGUGGUAAAUACGGACAUGGUCGCGGUGGGUGUCCCUACUUGAAGUAAAUCCCAAAGAAUUUACAUACUAUGCAUCGUAGCCGCGGAAAAAACAAAAAUCCCAAAGAAAAAAAAAAAAAAGAGCCCUAGCUACAAGAUUAUCUUCCAAAAAAAAAAAAGUUUCUUCCUUUCCAUGUACAACCUUUCUCCAAACCCAAUUUGUAUCUAUAUUAUCAUUAUUGCAUCUUUUUAUAUUUAUCAAAUAAAUUAUAAAUCAUCUUCUCACUAUAUAAAA